AUGGUCAGACUCAACUCUUCUGCACUCAAGCACUAUUUUGUCAAUUUUGCCGAUCACGCGAGUCGACCAGUAAGCAUGUGCCUCUAUUUUGUCCAUCCGCACUUCUCUCUAGAUGAUCUGGACAUGAAACAAAUUUCAAGACAUAUUCGGGAUAGGGAUGGUGAUCUCUUUCGAUUCGAAGUAUUCCACGUCCCUGAGGCUAGUAACGUCGACUGUGCCCAGCAUUACCGAGACGAACUAAAGGCUCGAGGUGAUGUAUUCGAGAAAGUUCAAGAGGCGGAACAGGCAUACAAAAACUGGGAGGAUAAGGAAACAGACGCUCAGUACGCAGCUGAACGUGAGCACGACGGCAAGCUUGCUGGCCUUGUAUCAUCACAAAAGGGCCCACUUGUUGCUUACCACGGCGUCGUAUACGAGUACACGGAUGCUACAUGCAAACAUGAAGACGAAGAGCAACCAUUCAAUGUCGUUGAAAUCGAUCCAGCAUUGACCCCGAAUGACUAUAGCCCUAGUGAACCGGAAAGAAUAGGACCGUAG